AUGUCCACCAUCCCUGGACCUGAGGACACGUCUGAGAUACGCGGCCGAGAGACCCGAGGCAAGGUCGAGGUAUGUACAGCCGAGGCAAGGUCGAGGAUCUCUAAUCAUGAUACCCUUGCAUCCGGCGGUCACCAAUGCCUUUACUUUGCUUGGACUGUGCUCUCCCGGCAUCACACGGGCCAAAGCUUGGCUGACCCCCUUGAUCGUGUGAAGCUCGAACGGGCCCGAGCACGGAUGCUCCUUGGCCUCAGAGAUUCCCGCCAUCACUUUCUUGGCAGAGGGGCGUGUAGGGGCUACACGAUUGCGCAACUCGCUCACACUAACCACCUCAACGUCUCCGUUGUCGUACACCACCUGAAACACGUGGGACCUUCCCCUGCGGCCAGCAUACGAUGCUACACCCAGCGACCGGGAGGGGAUUUGACCCCGGGUCUGCACCUGACUAAUGGGGAAAUCUUACCCCAGAACCUUAUGGGGCUACCGAUGCAUAUCCGGUAG